AUGUAAAAACUUAGUCCAAGUAUAUUGAUUUCUAUACCAUAAAGAAAAUAAUGCCCAAAGCUUAUCUGUAACUACAGCAAUAUAUAUGUGAACUGUUCAAUCCCUUACAUUUGUGAAUAUGAUAUGUUGUUAGGUUAUACAUACUACUUUCAAUAUCUUACAGAUAAAACUGUUCCUGAAGUUGCUAUAAGAUGGUUGAUACAGAAGAAGGUUGUGUCUUCUGUAAUUAUUGGUUGUACAUCAGUAAAGCAGCUGGAGGAAAAUAUGGGUGCAUCUGCUGGUUGGGAGCUGACUACAAACCAGAUGAAAGAACUUAAUGAAACGCAUCCUGUGAAAAAGCCGUACCCAUACGAUUUCAUAUGGGGAGUGCACAACUCUACAAGAAUGAACAGAUUCAACGAUUCCCUUACGCUCCUAUAGGUUAGCUAGAUACAAACGAGAAAUUGUUCAAAGUUCGGGGAAUUCUAUAUUGACUUUUAUUCGAUAACAUGUGUUAUACUUUUUGCCGCAAUACAAGACCUUUAUCUAAAAAUACAAUGAUCAUUAGAAAUUGUUUAUUUUAAUGUUAAAUGUUUCGAAUCCAAAAUGGCGGACAUUUUAUAUAGAUAAAUGAAUAUUAUUAUAUUGUUAACAAACAGUUGUUAUCACAUUGCUUUAAGUUUCUUUAAAAUGACGUAUCUUAUCAAUUAAAAUGAAAUAACGAAAAGCAUACUGGGAAAUAUGCGACUUUUUAUAUCUUCAGAAAGGAUGGUUUGUUUAAGGGUAAUUACUUAUUAUAUUUGUAUAAUACUUUUGAUAAUAAAGUGAAAUGCUUUGGUUUAUUAUUAUACAGACUUAAUUGAGGGAUGCUUUU